CACUGAUGCCUCAGAGCGGUGGGAGGGGAAACGGAUGUAUUAUCACUUGUGAAAAGAACCUAUCCACCUGCGCGGAAAGUCAGAUCGAAGCUAGAAGCGAAAAAAAUCGGGUUUUUCAAGAAAAUAAUGAGAUUGGGUGGACAAGUUUGGACGUAUUGAAUAUGGAAACAUUUGUUACAAUGGAGACGCGAUCCACCACUUAAAUAAGAAAGACAGUGAUUAAAAGUUUCCUAGUUGGAUCUACAAAGCUAUGACUAUGAAGAACCUGAUACCGACGGCUUUGCUGCUUUGUUUCCUGGCAACAGGUGUGCUGUCCAUCCAGGUGAUAGUACCCGAGACGGAGAGGAGCACCGCUCUCUUUGCCUCCGUCAUCUUACGCUGUGACUACUCUACCUCCGCCAACCUGCAGGAUGUCCUGGUUACCUGGCGCUACAAGUCCUUCUGCAAGGACCCAGUCCUGGACUACUACUCAACAGCGUACCAGGCCGCGCUGUCUCUGGGACAGGACCCCGCCAACGACUGCCCGGACCGGCAGCGCACGGUGCGCACCGUCAUUCAGAAGAACGGGGGCAACGAGCCCAUCCUGGGGGCCGAGUACCGGGAGCGAAGGAUCACCAUUCAGAACAGGGCAGAUCUGGUCAUCACCGAGGUGAUGUGGUGGGAUAACGGUGUGUACUACUGCUCCAUUGAUGCUCCGGGUGACACUGCGGGGGACUCGGACCGAGAGGUCAAACUCAUCGUCUAUCAUUGGCUGGUGGUGCUGUUCAUCGUCAUCGGUGCCCUGCUGCUGAUAAUGCUGUUCUGCAUCUGCUGCUGCCAGUGCUGCCCACAGCACUGCUGCUGCUACGUGCGCUGCCCCUGCUGCCCGCAGACCUGCUGCUGCCCAGAGAAAGUGAUGAUACAGCACCGCAUGAUGAAGGACGCUCAGAAGGCCAUGGCUCCCUGGCUGCACGGCCAGCCCGUCUACGCCCCCAUGGGCUCCCACGCCUCCUCCCAAAUGAACCCCCUCCUGUACUCUGAGUACUCUGGCAAGAACAUCCCCAUGGCUGCCAUGCCCCUCCCCCCUCCUCAGCCCGGCUACCCCGGCAUGGCCCCCGGUGUCUACGGCCAUGAGAUGCCUCCCAGCAUGCCCGGCAGCGCUCACGGCGGCAACCGGGCUCUGGACUACCUGGAGAGCCAGAUGCGGGGCAUGGAGGCGGGCACUCCCCUGAUGCAGGCCCCGCCCCAGCACAUGCCCCCGCCCCAGCACAUGCCCCCGCCCCCGCAGCACAUGCCCCAGCACGUGCCCUUCUCCGGGGGGCCUCCCAGCAUGCUCUCCUCGCUGAACGAGAUGGGCGUCCAGGGCGUGGAGCGGCGGGUCAUCCAGCUCCCGCCCAUCGUGGAGCGCCCCAACUCGGCCCAGCGGCACGGCGGCGGGCCCCGGGGCCCCCGUCCCCCCAGCAACUCCAGCGGGAGCUCCAACCCCCGGGGGCGCCGCCCCCAGCGCCAGGACCCCUCCCCGCCCCACCGCGGGAUCCUGCGCAGCUACGGUGAUGAUUCGGACUUUGAGGACCGCCGUCGGGCCCCGGGCCCCGGCCCCGGCCCCAGGCCCGGCCAAAUGCGCUCCCGCAGCAGAGACGACCUGCUGGGGGACCUGAACCGCCCCCCCCCGCGCCGGGACAGGAGCUACUCCCCCCCGCGCCGCCGCGGGUCCUGGAGCUCGGAGGACGAGGGCAGCAGGAGGGGGGGCGCGCGCGGACGGGGGGACCAGUGGCCCGAGAAGCCCCCCAGCUACAACUCCAUCGAGAUCCAGCCGGGACGCAAGAACGGGGGCCCGCGGCACGGAGCCAGGAACAACGAGCGCUACUCUGACAAGAGUUCCCGAAGUGGUACAAGCGUGGUGAUAUAAGCUCUGUUGACUCUACACCUGCCCAGUUAUCAUUGAUACUCUCUACCAUUGAUACACCUACCAUUGAUACUUUAAAAAAAUGUGAUGUAAGUUAUUACGGCUAAUGCUUAGAUUUCACUCAAAUGCUUUCGCCUGUUUUUACAUUGGAAGUUUGAACUCAACUGUGGAGCCUCUUGCAGUUCAUUCUGGCUGGGCUUCAUUGCAUCCACUUUAUAUCUCGCACUGUGAAUUUGUGAAAAAUGGAAACGGAAUUUCACUGCUCCCUCUGCUGGCCAAUGCCUCUAAUGACAGGAAGAGUGCAAGAAACAAGAAUCUGUACAGGGCGGGGGUGGGUGGGGAGGGGGGGUUGUGAGGGAGCAGGAGGAUGAUUGGGAAAGAGGAAAAGGAAGAGGGAAAAGACGAGAAGAGGAGCUGGACAGGAUGAGUUCCCUGAGUCUGAUGAAUCUGGUCUGAUUUAGCCGGAGCAACAAACAUUCUGGUGUAAUGUAACCAGGCGCAUUAUAUUGGCUUUGAAGGUAUUUAAUUUGUGUACUUUUGAUACUUAUUUUUAAUGCUGUAUAUUUCCCCUCAGAUGCUUCAGUCAGUCUGGUGUACAGCCAUGUGCGUGGUGAAGGUUUGAUUGUACAGUCCUUCCAUCCUAGCUAUGUUCAGCUCAUGUAAAGGGUGAUGAGGUAAUCAGUGAUUGUCUUGUUAGAGUGUCUUGUUCUAAUCGAUUUGUUCAUUUUGUAAGUAGCCUUUCAUGUUAUUUUUAAAGUUUUAGUAUUUACCACGAGUGUAGAGGGGACCAUUUUGGGGCAUCCAGGCCUAAAGGCCCAUGCUUUUCUAUUUGUGUCGGUUUUAAAAAUGAACCGUAUUGCACAAGUUAUCCUUUAAAUUGAGCAUAUCUCAAGAUAUUUGAGGAAUAGGACUUUUGUUUGUUGUGGAAUCUCUUGAGAAGAUGUGUUUAAUGAUGUUUAAGAAAGUAUAUAGAAUGUCUGAAGGGGGAGCAUGUUUAUUCACAUUAAAAAACCGACUGGUAAAACCACUGAAAUUCAGGGGGGAUAGCGAUGCGAGCAGGAUGGAUACUCAUUUUGUGGAGGGAAGGAGGUUGUUGGAGUGGCUUUGAAUUCCCCCUGUGGUGAUUUGUGAUUGGAUGUUGAAGCAGUGCUACCUAAUGUGCAGGAAAAUAAAGAUUUUCAAUAAAAUA